AUGGUUGUUGUCUGUGAAUUCAACUUGUUAUUUUUUCUUUACUUUGUUAUAAGCAGUUCCAGACCUACAGAAGAAAGCUCAUAUCAUCAAGAGACCGUACAUAAUGACAAUAAUCGGAGACUACCAGGUGUGUUUACCGCCGAUUUUAAUGAGUACUACAAUAGAUUGUAUCUAAUUGAUAUUAAAAACUGGGUAGGAUUGUCAAUACACAACAAAAAUGAAUAUGUGGUGUAUGAAAUAGAAAGUAAAGAAUUUGAUCCAAAUAGAAGAAGCGGUCAUUUACAUACAUACGUCGUUCUAGAAUUGAAUAUAGAUGAGUACAAAGAGUUUGUAACGAAAGUUUAUGAUAGCCUGCGCUCAUAUUAA